AGAGAGAGAAAGAGGGAGCCUGGGACUUCCACUCGUGCGUGAGGGCGAGCGGAGCCUGAGACGAGAAAGAGAGAGAGGGAGAGAGCGCGAGAGCGAGCAGAGAGGCCUGACAAGAUGGCCAGGCUGCCCCGCAGGAUCAUCAAGGAAACCCAGCGUUUGCUGGCAGAACCUGUUCCUGGUAUUAAAGCAGAACCAGAUAAGAGCAACGCCCACUAUUUUCAUGUGGUCAUUGCUGGCCUUCAGGAUUCCCCCUUUGAGGGAGGGACUUUUAAACUUGAACUAUUCCUUCCGGAAGAAUACCCAAUGGCAGCCCCUAAAGUACGUUUCUUGACCAAAAUUUAUCAUCCUAAUGUAGACAAGUUGGGAAGAAUAUGUUUAGAUAUUUUGAAAGAUAAAGGGUCCCCAGCACUGCAGAUCUGCACAGUUCUGCUAUCGAUCCAGGCUUUGUUAAGUGCUCCCAACCCAGACGAUCCACUAGCAAAUGACGUAGCGGAGCAGUGGAAGACGAACGAAGCCCAAGCCAUAGAGAUAGCUAGAGCACGGACUAGGCUAUAUGCCAUGAAUAAUAUUUAAAUGGAUCUGAUCAUCACAUGUGCAUCACUUCUCCUGUUUUGCCAAGACUUCUUCGGGUUUUUUUUUUUUUUUUUUUUUUUGCAUUUAAUGGACAGUCUUA